CGAGCGGUCGUGCACGCGCAGAGACGAUGCAGCCUCGGCGGAGACAAGAGAGGAAGCAGAAGAAGAACCGGAGGACCGACACCGACCCGACGCUGCUGCCGCCGCCGGCCCUCGAGGCGUCCUCCCCGGCCUGACAGAGCGAGGAGCCCCGCAGGAUGAAGCGGAGCAGCCACAGCAGGCGGGGCCUCCAGGACUCCAACCCGCCCGCCUCGCUGCCGCCGGACAAGGUGGGCUGGAUCCGCAGGUUCUGCGGCCGCGGGAUCUUCAGGGAGCUGUGGAGGAACCGGUUCGUGAUGCUGAGAGGAGAACGUCUGUAUAUCUCCGAGAAGGAGGUGAAGGACGAGCGGAAGGCGGCGGAGGUGUUCGACCUGCGGGACUUUGAGCGCUCCGAGGAGCUGAGGAAGGCCAAGAGCCGCAGCAAGAAGAACCACAGCCGCUUCACCGUGCUGCGCUGCCGCAGGCCCGGGAACACCGUCCCGAACCUGGUGUUCCUGGCUGUGAGUCCUGAGGAGAAGGAGUCUUGGGUCCAGGCGCUGAACGUUGCCAUCGUCAGGGCCAAGAACCGGGUCCUGGACGAGGUGACUAUCGAGGAGGACAGCAUCCUGGUCCAUCCCACCAGGGACAGGGCGAAGAUCCCGGUCGGCCGGCGCCUGCCCACCAGAGGACACCUGCUGGCCGCGGUCUCCACCUCGUCCCGCGGCACGCUGAUGCUGGACCUCGUCGCUGAGGAGGACGACCCUCAGGACCCCUGGGACCACGGCCUCCAGGUGGACCCGCGGGACUCCCCCCGGGGGGUCGGAGGUCGGCAGCGAGCCGGAACCGACGCGUCGAAGCUGCGAGCCGCCCUGAAAGAGCCCCGGCCGAAGACGGGCAGCCUGCCCCGCGGCAGCGAGCGGUCCUGGGGAAGACAGCGCCCCCUGGAGGUCUCCAAGGCCUGCAACGCUCCGCAGGUCCAGGUCCUGCAGGUCCAGUCCAGAACUCCACAGCCUGGAAAACGCUUCAGCAUGCAGGGACGGAGUCGCUGUGCCUCCAUGGACGAGGUCCUGUCCUCCAGGCCAGCCAUGAUCCGGUCGGAGCUGCGUUCGGAGCUGCGUUCGGAGCUGCGGCGCCCCCCGGAGGCGGCGGCGGCGGCGGCGGCGGCGCCGGUGGGACAGCUGCAGAGUCUGAUCGCCCAGCGAAUGCAGAGAGCCCAGGAGCUGCUGGAGGAGAUGAGACUGCAGGAGCUGCAGAAGGCCAAAGAGCAGCGCGAGCGAGGAGGCGGUUCGCCACACCCGAAGGCCGUCGACUCGCCCAGACUGCACCACCUCCGGGGGUCCGACUCCCCCCAGUCCAGGUCUUCAGGAUCUCCCAGGAGCAGGAGCAGCGACUCUCCUCGCCUCCGGACGAAGGACUCUCCUCGUCUCAGAGGACGGGAGUCUCCCCGGUCCCGGGCCAAGAGGAGCCGCUCCAAAGCCUCUGACUCUCCUCGCUCUCGAGGCUCCGCCUCCCCUCGCCUGAAGGCCCCGCCCCAUUCCGCUGACUCCUCCUCUAAAUCCAAAGAGUCUCCGGGCGAGGGAGGAGACGGGUCCCCCCGGGUUGACGGUUGUCCGAUGGACAGCGAGUCCACGUCCCCGUGUCUCAGCAGCACCGGGGACGGUCCCGGUCCCGGUCCGGACCUCUCCGGUCCAUCCGGAUCCUCCGAGCCCACCCCGCCGGAAAGCCCCGACGAACCGCGGCCGCCGUCGGACUCGCCGCCGUCUGAGGAGGACGAGGAGGACGGGGAGGUGGAGCGGCGGCGCGCCGAGGCGGAGCGCCUCCUGGAGGAGGCCGUGUCGUCCUGGAAGGAGGCGCAGGAGGUUCUGCAGGAGGUGAAGGAGCUGCAGAGCCAGACGCUGCGGCGGCAGCGCCGCAGAACCUACGAGAAGAUGACCGCGGCGGCGGCGACCGGGGCACCGGCGGCGCCCGCAGCAGCGGAGGGAGACGACACGCCCGCCUCGCCCGCCUCGCCCGCCUCGCCGGCGUCCCCCAUGGACGAGGACGAGUCCGAGACACCGUGA